AUGUCGACACCCAUGCAAGACGGCGGCGGCCCUAGGGACGACCCUAGGUCGCCGCCUGCUGCUGUAUCGUCCCUUCCUCACCACACUCGGAGUCCAGACGACAUUCCACCAGCCGGUUGGGUCAAUAUCGAGGCCGAGUACUGGAGGGAUGCUCAGGCAGCGCGGGCCUUGGAGGACCAGUCCAUGGAUGAGAAGUACGAGACGAAAACGGCAGAGCUGAAGGCAAGACAUGCGCAGCUGCUGGACGAACGUGCCCGCCUGAGCGAGAGGCUCCAGUCUCUCAAGAAGGAGUGCGACAAGGUGGACGAGGAUCUGACGCGGAUGGACGUGCAAUUCGAGGAAGCCAAGGAGAUUGUUGCAAGGCGGAGGGAGGAUCAGGACGGAAACGCAAAGAGAUUUUUUAAAGCUCAGUAUGAAAAGGCAGUAAAGCGCGCUGCCGCCCUCGAGGAAAAUGAGACUGGUCCCGCAAAACAACUACCGCAACCGUACGCCAACGACGAGCGAGUCCCACAACCCUCCUCCUCCUCACAUGCGCUUGCUCGCCCCAGUGGUACAGCAGAAAGGGAUGUCACAGCAGCUGGUGAGCCCAGUCCGACCCACAACGGUGUCGCAGCCAGGCACGCCUACGUGCAGGCAGCCACAGAGGACGACUCCUUGCUUUCGCAGCCAUUCGACGACAUCACAGCCCCGACUGGCGUAGAGGUUUGGGAUAUCGAUGGCAACUUUGUCGACCACGUCAAGCGGAUCAAGCUGAGCAACAAAUUCAUCCGCCACGUUCUCCAGCUUCCCGUCAAGCGAAGGGUCAUCGUCCGCCCCGGCCGCAAGUUCAACAAGGAGACGAUGCAGAGUAUCUACGAGCCCAGCGAUAACAAGGGGGCCAAGUGGCUGAGCUGUAUGAUCCAGGCCACGGGCGAGGAGCAGGAAACACAGUGCACAGCCUGUAGCAACCGCGCGGGAACUUGGCUGGGCUGCAUGAUCCUCGGCGGCAACGAGUUCCCUCGCUGCGCCAACUGCGAGUGGAACCGGCAGGGCUGUAUUGGCUCUUCGUAUCACGCAGACCGGCAGCAGGAGUACAACAUCCAGGCUAGUUCGUCCCCCGCUGGCGGGUUCGCGCCUACGAACGGCAGCCAAGGGAGGGGUUCUGCCCCCGCUACUGUUCCUUCCAAGCGCACUUCGCUGCCCAACAAGAAAGUCGUCAGGAAGUCGCUACCCCCGCUGGCUAUGGCGGAGAAUAGGGGGCCGUUGGGCUACGGAGGGGACGAGUAUGGCGGUUUUGAGGAAGAGGUUGGCCCGGACAUCACAGCGGCGCGCCUACACCUCCGCCAUAACGGCAGCGUCUUCACGGAGCCCGAGAUCAUGCGCGGUGUGCCUGUCGAGAAGAUCAGCUCCACUCAUCCAUACUGGGAGCCGAGGUGGGAAGAACCCAUCAUCCAGCUCCAGGCCAGAUAUGACGAGUGGCAGGCCAAGCUGGAGGAAUGCCUUGCGACGGGAAAGAAUCGCUUCUUGGCUGGACGCCAGGUCAACCGAGGCAAGGCGAUCAUAGAGUUCCUCGAGAAGGGUGAGGUCCACCCCUUUCAACUGGUCGCCAAGAAGUUUAUCACGAGGAACCUCGUGAACUACGACACCAUAUUCCGGCUUGCCCAGGUGAUGGAGGAGCUGCCCAGGCUAGGUAUCGACAUCACCCCCGUCGAGUGGGUCCGCGAGCGCAUGCACGAGAUAUAUAAGGAGCAGGGCGAGGCCUUCAGCCUGGCCAAGACGGUGCACGAGCUCUAUCAUGAUGUAAAGAUCCGGGCCCUCCGCUCCAGGGCUGGCGUUGGCAAUAUCGGUAGACCCUCUGGUAUCAAGAAGGGUAUGUCAUCCAAGCCCGGUGGCCCACGGCGCAGAGAAAACAGCGAGACGCCACGAAAGCGCAGACGCGGCUCUCUCGACAACCCCCAGCAGGCCGAUCAGCCAUUCCAACCGGAUGGCCCGUCAGGCCCGACCUCUCCCCAUGACACCAAGAAACAGCGCCUGGACCUGGGCAAAUUCCCAGCACCCAACCGCGAGGAGAUGAGCGAGACCGCGUCACCCGACCUCGGAAGUGUCCCCGCGCCGCAGAAGGGUGACGAGUUCGAAUAUGACGGUUAUACCUCGAGUGAUUCGAUCAGCCACAGCAGGAUGACGACCACCGACUGGCGCGUGAUCCAAGUACGAGCACCCGAGUACACGACCAGCCUCAACUACGCCCAAUACCUCCAUUGGGUCGUCGACGGCAACAACCCGUACUUCGAGCACCAGGUCCUCCUGGGCGUCAACCCUUCCAGCUGGGGCGUGUACCAGGAUCCAUUCGACUUCCACGUGCGUCUGGCCGAGCUCGACAAGAUCGAGUACACAAAGGACGAGGACUGCGGAAAGAUUGUGAUCCACACGACCCCACCUUCCAGGUAUAGAAACAAGCGCAAACUUCUCUUGCAAUUCAAGAGGGGUCGCACGCAGGACCGUUUUCUGCACUUUGUGAAGCAUAAACUGAAGGGCCUCAGGCCGUUUGAGCUUCAGGAAACUUCCAGGGAGCGCAUUGAGGCAGAGUGGAACAGCAUGGACUCGCAGGUCCUGCCUGUAGAGGAGUAGGCGAGAGGGGCACAUGCAAACAUGUGCCUCUUGACACACGGCGUUGCUAACGUGGGAGAUCUGCUGUGUGCCAGAUAUCAUGUUUGUCUGCACACUCAAGACCGCAUUUACAUUUACGAUGAGGGCGCACUGCAUCUCAUCUAUCAACAACAUCUGACUCAACAAGAGAAGACGACUUUCCAUAAUGGCAUGGAAUAUUGGAGGCGUUUGGAACCAUGGCAAGAAGGGCAUGGCAUGACACGGCAGUCUAUGACAGGGCAAGGCGUUUGGAGGUGAACGGGUUCUUUCUUCCGCCACGUGUGUUCUCGUUGGCCAGAGGACUCCCGUCGAUGUGAGUGGCCUUUGCUUUCACAUUUUUAUGUUUAAAAAAAGACACCUCGGUGGUGUCUUCUUGCAGUGGGAGAAAAGGGAAUCCGGGACAGCAUAUAAGUCUAGUAGCACUUUGACCUCACAACUGCUGCGAUGGACUCUUGCAGACAUCCACAACAAAGGGAGUUCACGGCUUUAUUCACAACCAACAGGGUGCGAGGAGCACUCGACUAAUAACAAGCCAUCAUUGAACCUUCUCUGC